UCGAAAUAUGCGACGGAUUCUGUUCAGAGAAGAAGGUUAAAGCGAGAGCCGAACAACAAUUGUCCUCCUUAUUCGCUGAAAUGCUCACCGGUUUCGAGGGAUUGCGCUAUCUGGUCGGCGCUUGGAUUGCUUGGAUUGCUUGCAUGGAUUUAUCGGAAUAGGUAUAGCACGCUGGUCCUGCAAGCUGCUUGAUGACGUGGACGCGGCUCAAUGCUGAGAACGGAGUCACCUUCAAAGCGGUCGCAUUGCUGCCAUCGAAUGAGUGUGUAUGGAUCAAACCGUCUUUCUUGACAAUGUGCGACUGGAUCAUCGUCAACCAAGGACGAAACACUACGCAGAAAGCCUUGCGGAACGCUAACACGCCUAGAACAACUAUAGCUCCGCCAUAUGCGAACCUGGCUUGAGCAAGGUUGGAAUUGAGUUCAGAGGGCAAGCAACGACCUGUCAGGCAAGAAUCACUUUCAGCGAAUCACUCCAGGUGUAAUGGUCAGCGACACGCAACGACAACGACGCUCGAUCAAUCGCUGUAACGUGACCUGCCAGGGAUCAUUUGGCAGGCGACUGCGUAUCGCAUCAAUCUACUGCAAACGACAGGAUCGUACGAAAGUGUCAUGUGUGCUCGUCGCGAGUCCCAAACGAUAAACGAGAACUCGAAAAGCGCCGACAAAACGAAGUCAGACCAAAUCAUCUUGCAACGUUCUACGUUUCGGCUUUGCGCUUUGCCUAGUACUUGUAUCGAUCUCGCCCUGGCAAGUAAACCAAGAGAUUCUCGGAGAUCGCUGUCCAUAAGUCACCGUUCCUGUCUCGCGAGACAUGGAUUGUAUUGACUCAAGCGACUGCAUAUCAUUGGAGGUGCACAUCUGGAUCGACAGGCGCACGAGAAGAACAUUUAUCUAUAAGAUGUUACGGAACAAGGAAGUAACGGUCCAGGGGUUAGCUAACUAAUGGAGCGACGGCUCUACCUUU